CCACACACUCACAUAAAUUCACGCAUCUACACAUCAUCUCUUCUCGCUUAUCAUUCAUUCACAUACACACACGCAAUCGCUGUGAAACAUCAUUGAGACACAUACAUAACUAUCAAUGGAUAAAGAGGAGCAGUUUGUGGUAGUAGGCCGUCUGUGUAUACGCCUUAAAAGCAUGUGACGUAUCAACUACAUGUGUCUUUACUAGCGAAAGGAGAAAGAAAAAUAUUUACAACGAUCGUACACAUUCGAACGACAGGAUACACCUUUCUCGUGUUUAUAUAUAUAUAUAUAUAUAUAUAUGUAUAUACAUUUUUCUCUUUCUUCCUCACACACACACACACACACACACACCACACACACACACACACACACACACAAACAUACAUGUAGCUAGAUAGAAAGAUAUACAUAUUUAUACAUACACACCUCUUUCAAGUUUUCUAACGGAGAUCAUGUUCCCCAUACAAACAUCAAAUGCACACAUGUAGGUAGAUAGGUAGACGUACAUACAUACAUACAUACAUACAUACAUACAUACAUACAUACAUACAAACAUACAUACAUACAUGAAUUUAUAACUAAAUAUAUAUUCACCUACAUACACCUAUUCUAGUUUUCAACUGAGAUCAUGUUCUAAUACAUAUACAUCUAUGCAUAGAAAUUCACAUAUAUAUAUACAAAUAUAUAUACAGACUCACUUACACACUCAUACACACACACAUAUAUAUAGAGAGAAGCACAUCUGUAUAACAUAACCACCUCAUAGCGGUCAGUCGUUCGGAUGUAGUUUCCCUGCCCCCGUUUAAAGUUCGGGGCUGGAUAAACCAUACAUUCUACGACGACGUCACAAAAUCUGUCACCCUGUCUCAACCACCGCAAACCCCCAAAAAAACUCCCAAACCUCCCAAAAACAUGAACUUAUGUGGCUGGGAGUUUUUGGCCAAACGACAAUAUUAUGCUGCUCAAAGCAGACGACAUUCCUAUGGAGGUCCCCCGGCUCUCUUCCCUAUAUCCGAUGAAGGAGAAGACAGCGAAGGGUCGGAGACCCUUGGGGACCUCCCCCCGGAAUUCCUACAAAAGGCUACUCGUUACAAAAACCGACGGAGAUCGCAGCCUGUGGGACGCGCUUCUUUGGAUGGAGUUGCAAGAUUUAUACGCAUCUCUUCACCUAAAAGAUUCCGCUCUCAGGAUUUAAGUGCCUUUGCUAUGCCAUUGCUUGAAAAUGGUUUGCCAGAAUCUGAACUUGAUGGAGAGUACCGAUAUCGUACUGGAUCCACAGGACGUAAAACAAAUUUCUUGGGAAAAAAAGACAGUCGACAUCGAAGUAAAUCUGGAGAUGAGAGCAAAGGUCAUUCACCGAAUUCCUCGAAAGUUAAAAGUUUCUUUGACACUUUCCGUCCUCGGUCAAAAUCUGAUGUUUCUGGAGUUAAAAAACCAAAGAAGCCGCCAUUGACUGGAAGCAUUGAGAUAGAUGAGUCGACCAGCCUGCACUUGCAUGCAUCAUCUCCAUUCGAGCAGAACGGUGUACAUUCUUUAAGUAUCAGUCCGAACACACUCUCGCCAAUGGGACAGAUUCUGGAAGAGCAAAUGGUAGGUCAGUUCAAGCCAAACUCUGGACCAACAACACCUGUCGAACAGUUUAUAAAUAUAUUUCGAGCUCGAUCUAAUUCUGAUUCCAGGACAAAACCUAGACACCCUCCCCUUAUGACUCAGAGGAGUCUCAGUCCCCCAGUAUGCACAUCAGUUUCAAACACAAAAGUUUCCCCUCUUCGAGGAUAUAACUUUGAACCCCGGAGGUCUUCUGGACCACCGCAACCGGAACAUCUUCAGUCAGCGGUUUAUACAAAGAGAUUCAGUGAAGAUUUUGAACGAAUGGAUUUAGGUGAUUGUGAUGAGAGUCACAAGCAGAUGUUUGCCAAAUUCAUGAAAUCACACAAAUGCUAUGACCUCAUUCCAACAAGUGCAAAAUUAGUGAUAUUUGAUACACAAUUAAUGGUUAAGAAAGCAUUUUUUGCUCUUGUCUACAAUGGAGUAAGAGCAGCACCUCUGUGGGACAGUGCAAAGCAAGAUUAUGUCGGCAUGUUAACAAUUACUGAUUUUAUUAGUAUUCUGCAGAAGUACUACAAAGCUCCUUUAGCUCACAUGGAAGAAUUAGAAGAACACAAAAUUGAUACUUGGAGAGAAGUUUUAAAGGACAAACAAAAACCAUUUGUUCACAUAGAGCCUGAUGCUAGUUUAUUUGAAGCUGUGAAAACAUUAAUAAUGAACCAUGUUCAUCGGUUGCCCGUGAUUGACAAAAACACGGGCAAUGCUAUAUAUAUAUUAACACAUAAAAGGAUCUUAAGAUUUAUGUAUCUUUAUAUUAAUGACCUCCCUAGACCAGAUUUCAUGCAUCAGACUUUGGCUGAGCUCAAUAUAGGAACUUAUGAUAAUAUUAUCACAGCUGGGCCAGACACACCAAUCAUCAAAGCAUUAAACUUAUUUGUAGAACAUCGUAUAUCAGCACUACCUGUAGUUGAUGAACAGGGCAAAGUUGUAGAUGUAUAUGCUAAAUUUGAUGUGAUUAAUCUUGCUGCUGAAAAGACAUACAAUAAUUUAGAUGUUACAAUAUCUCAAGCUUUAGAACAUAGAACAGCUGGAUUUGAAGGCGUUGUUAAAUGUCAGAAUACCGAAACUUUGAACAUAAUAAUAGAAAGACUUGUGAUGGCUGAGGUUCAUCGGCUUGUGGUUGUUGAUAAAGAAGAUCAUGUCAAAGGAAUUCUGUCUUUAUCCGAUCUACUCACUUUCUUAGUUCUUAAUCCAAUGGGUUUGGAUCCCAACAAACAGGACUGAUUUCUCUACAUUCAUUUCUUUUAAUCAAUCCAUCCAUUUUAACCAUCAUCCAUCCUAGUGCAACAUGUAUUCUACUAGAAAGAUGGUGGGAAAAGGGGACAACUGAGAUUUUGAGGAUUUGCACACAAGUCUGCUAGUGCUUACUUACCAAAGUUGAAAUGAUUGGGUCUUGGCUAUAUUUCACUGUUGUCUGUUCCCAGUCAAAUUGUAACUAAUAUUGUCUCAAUCCCAGAAAACCUGUGUACACUUUCUCUCAUCUUUGAGGGAUUCUGUUUACCUAUCAAACAGUAGUGGCCUAGCUUACACCUAGCUUAACUAUUUAAGCAAUCGGGUCGUUGCACAAUUUUUUUUUUCCAAAUCUUGGAGACACUUUUAUCUCUUUUUCUACAAGAUUUCUUGUAAUUGUCUUUCAAUUUGACUUACAGUUAAUGUUUUGCACAGUUAACAAGAAAAUCUUGACAUGAUUCUCGACUACCACUCUGUGCCACUCUUGAUGCCACAAAAUGUAUUGCUACCAGAAUGUUUAAUCCA